ACCGUUGCCAGCCAAAGCUAUGUCUCCGCGCUUGCCGCCUUCGUAGGGUGCCGAAUUGUACCUUUUUUCCACGCGUGCCAUGGCGAGCCGAGGGGCUCGUCAGCGCCUGAAGGGGAGCGGGGGCAGCGGCGGGGACACAGUCUCGGCCGCGGACAAGCUGCGGGAGCUGCUGUGGAGCCGUGAGGCGAGCGGCGCGGAGCCCCGGACCGAGUUAUCUGGGAACAAAGCAGGACAAGUCUGGGCACCUGAAGGAUCUACUGCUUUCAAGUGUCUGCUCUCAGCAAGGUUAUGUGCUGCUCUCCUGAGCAACAUCUCUGACUGUGAUGAAACAUUCAACUACUGGGAACCAACACACUACCUCAUCUAUGGGAAGGGGUUUCAGACUUGGGAAUAUUCCCCAGUUUAUGCGAUUCGCUCCUAUGCUUACCUGUUGCUUCAUGCCUGGCCAGCUGCAUUUCACGCAAGAAUUCUACAAACUAAUAAGAUUCUUGUCUUCUACUUUUUACGAUGUCUCCUGGCUUUUGUGAGCUGUAUCUGUGAACUUUACUUCUACAAGGCUGUGUGCAAGAAGUUUGGGCUGCAUGUGAGUCGAAUGAUGCUAGCCUUCUUGGUUCUUAGCACUGGCAUGUUUUGCUCCUCAUCAGCAUUCCUUCCUAGCAGCUUCUGUAUGUACACCACAUUGGUGGCCAUGACUGGCUGGUAUAUGGACAAGACUUCCGUUGCUGUGCUUGGAGUAGCCGCUGGGGCUAUCUUAGGCUGGCCAUUCAGUGCUGCUCUCGGUUUACCCAUUGCCUUUGAUUUGCUGAUCAUGAAACACAGGUGGAAGAGUUUCUUUCAUUGGUUUCUGGUGGCCCUAAUACUCUUUCUGGUGCCUGUGGUGGUCAUUGACAGCUACUACUAUGGGAAGCUGGUUGUUGCACCACUGAACAUCAUCUUGUACAAUGUCUUUACUCCUCAUGGACCUGAUCUUUAUGGUACAGAACCCUGGUACUUCUAUUUGAUUAAUGGAUUUCUUAAUUUUAAUGUAGCCUUUGCUUUGGCUCUCCUGGUCUUACCACUGACUUCUCUCAUGGAAUACCUGUUGCAGAGAUUUCAUGUUCAGAAUUUAGGCCACCCAUAUUGGCUUACCUUGGCUCCAAUGUAUAUUUGGUUUAUAAUUUUCUUCAUCCAGCCUCACAAAGAGGAGAGAUUUCUUUUCCCUGUAUAUCCACUUAUAUGUCUCUGUGGCGCUGUGGCCCUCUCUGCACUUCAGAAAUGUUACCACUUCACGUUUCAGCGAUACCGCCUGGAGCAUUACACGGUGACAUCGAACUGGCUGGCAUCGGGAAUGCUCGUCCUGUUUGGGCUCUUGUCCUUUUCUCGCUCUGCGACGCUGUUCAAAGGGUAUCACGGGCCCCUUGAUUUGUAUCCAGAAUUUUACCGAAUUGCCACAGACCCAACCAUCCACACUGUCCCAGAAGGCAGGCCUGUGAAUGUCUGUGUAGGAAAGGAGUGGUAUCGCUUUCCCAGUAGCUUCCUUCUGCCUGAUAAUUGGCAGCUUCAGUUCAUUCCAUCAGAGUUCAGGGGUCAGUUACCAAAACCUUUUGCGGAGGGACCACUUGCCACUCGAAUUGUUCCUACUGACAUGAAUGACCAGAACCUGGAGGAGCCAUCCAGAUACAUUGACAUCAGUAAAUGCCAUUAUUUAGUGGAUUUGGACACCACAAGAGAAACACCCCGGGAGCCGAAAUAUUCAUCAAAUAGAGAAGAAUGGAUCAGCUUGGCCUACAGACCAUUCCUUGAUGCUUCUAGAUCUUCAAGGUUGCUGCGGGCAUUCUAUGUCCCCUUCCUGUCAGAUCAGUAUACAGCAUAUGCAAACUAUACCAUCCUCAAACCCCGGAAAGCAAAGCAAAUCAGGAAGAAAAGCGGAGGUUAGCAACACGCCUGUGGCCCCAAAGGACGACCAUCCUGUUAACUAGUGAUUGCACUGACAGGACUCCCUCCAACUCAUCAUUUGUAACAUUUGUAAUAAAGGCUGUCUCACACAGACGCUGGAAUCUGGGUGCUUUGGGCUGGU